GAGAUGGGAUCUACAAAUUCACUGGAACAAAACUAAGCUGUCUUAUUUUUCACAAACAUUGACUGAUGGUUUCUCACUUUUCAAGAGCACCGGCCACUACACAAACUACGCAGGAAGAAGAGCUAAACUCUGGAUCUGGAGCCCCUUAGGCGAAGCGGGACACUUGCAGUGAGACUUUGCGACGGUAGUUGGAUCAAAUUCACGGACAAGCAGAGCGCGAUCACCUCAGAGGCCGUUCCUCUCUUACACUCCAUCAUUCCAUCAAGGAGAGAAAUGAUGCUCACAAUCAUAUGAAAUGAUGUCUCUGUUUAUCGUGCUUGCUCUUCUUGUGAAUUUCAUUACCAUUUCACAAGGUCUUGCUUUGAGUCCUUCUGAUGGCACUGGAGGUGUUUAUGAAGACCUGAAGUGGAAGGCUCUGCUGUGUUGUGAGCUGCCCCUUGCUCAGACACUUGUCGAAGGUCUUUCAGAACACCCUCCUGUAGGAAAGUGUCGGCUACUAAAUGCUACAAACCCAGAAUUCUCAAGAAACUGUUUGGACAUCCUGUGCUGGCUUGAAGGUGAAUGGACAAAUCUGAUUUGUAAUGCGAAGAGCCACAGAGCAGCAGCCGCUGCUAGUCUACUCACCGUUAGACCUCAAUUAGUUGUACAGAUGAAUGUGCUUUCAGAUGAAGCAAACCACGCUGCUCAGUGUGCCGGGGAAGAUACUACAAUGUGCUCUAUUUCACUUCAUGGCGAUGAUGCAACAGUCUCAUUGAACAUCAGUAUAUCUUUAAAUGGGAGUACUGCACUGUCACCCAAGAUGCAAGUCAGCACACAUCAUCUGCGAAGACCAGAGCCACCUGUCAAUCUGCAUUACGAUGUGACGACUGAAGGGGAAGUAAUAUUCAGAUGGAGUGAUGCACGACCUAAAAGUGAUGCCAUUAACUAUGAGAUCCGAUACUCAUCUAAUUCUUCACUUCAACAGUGGGAGGUGGUGAAGGUCAAAGGUCGUUCCUGGGUCUCUCCGAAUGAGCUCAGUUCUGGGAUCAGACACACAAUCCAAGUGCGCUACCAAAGCCAGUUGAACUACUGGAGUGAAUGGAGCCAACCUUUCUAUUUCACACUCGAUGUCAGUUACAUCCCUGCCGAAAUCUUCACAAGACCAGGGUCAGAGGUAACGGUUUAUGCCGUCUUCCACAACCGCAGCUGGAGUGCUAGUAAAGCUGUGUGGAUGCUUAACGGGCAGGUGAAGAUUCCAGAAAGCCAGUACACGGUAAUCAACGAGCAGGUUAGCGCAGUCACUGUGACGCUAGAUGAACCAGGGUUUGACACUUUGAUGUGCUGCCACCAGUGGGGAGAAAGGUUCAAGUGCAUCAUCGCCUAUGCCAAGAUAUACACCGAAGGGAUGUUUAAUGCAGAUAUCACCUGCCAGAGCAAGAAUUCAGAGGUGGACACCAUGAGCUGUGAGUGGAAUAAGAGCGCUUGGGCACAAGUCCGACUACUUUACAGACAAUAUACAUCAAUGUGUGAGACUGUAUCAGGGAUGGAGGGCAGUGAAGAAGCUGAGGAAAACAUGGAGUGCUCAUCUGGAGCAGGAGACCACAGAGAGUGCACUUUAAGAAACCUUAGUUUGUUCUCCUGCUACAAAAUCUGGUUGGAAGUGGAAGGAGGGCACGGCAAAGUGAGAUCAUUUCCUGUCUAUGUUGCGCCUAUUGACUAUGUAAAACCAUCUCCUCCCUCAGUCCUGGAAGCAACCACCUUGCCGAAUAAAACCUUGAGUGUAAGCUGGAGACGUCCUCAUUUACCAGUAUAUGACAUGCAGUACGAGCUGCGCUUUGUGGCUUUGCGUGGGAUGGCAAAUACACAGUGGAAGGUCAUCGGUCCACUUCUGGAAACACAGGCAGAGAUCCGGCUUGAAGAGUCCUGUGUUCAGUUUAAAAUAGAAGUUCGCUGUAGAAGACUGAAUGGCUCUGGAUACUGGAGUGACUGGAGCAUGAGUUACACUUCAGCUGUUUACAACAGCAAAGCACCAGAGAUGGGGCCAGACUUCUGGCGCGUUAUACAAGAGGAUCCUGUUAGGAGUGUGACAAAUGUCACACUUAUUAUUAAGCAGCCUGUCCAAGCUGGAGAUUCGUCUAGUUGUGUGGAGGGUCUUGUGAUCGAACACCAAGCUUCAGGCAGAGCUGUGUGGUCAAAUGAAACAGCGCCGGCUCAGUUUCACUCAUUCCAGUGGAGGAAGGAAGCGCACACAGUCACCGUAAUGUCUCGCAAUGCUUUGGGCAUCUCUACACGGAAUCGAAACAUGACGUUGUUGCAUCAACCCAAACGACGAUGUGUACGCUCUUUCAGCGCAGUUGCAAAUUCUAGUUGUGUGCAUCUUUCCUGGAGCCUGUUAUCUGAUCAUCCAGUGCCUCAGUCGUUUGUCAUCGAAUGGCAAGACCUGAAAAAAGACCCUGAACAGGACGUGUCUUUGACUGAGAGGCUGCAGUGGGUCAGAGUUCAGUCUGCAUCAAGAGAUCUCUCCCUUUGCCGUCGUUUUUAUGGCUCAGAGGAGUUCACCUUGUAUCCAGUGUUUGUGGAUGGUGAAGGGGAGCCGGUGCGAUACACUGCUACUAGGGGCGACCCUGCAGCAUACAUACUCCUACUGAUCAUUGCGUUCCUGUCAGUGGUGCUGUUUGUCACUCUUCUGAUGUCACAAAACCAGAUGAGAAAACUCAUGUGGAAGGAUGUUCCAAACCCUAACAAUUGUUCCUGGGCCAGAGGAACGGACUUCAGGCAGAUUGACACCAUAGAGCACCUGUUCCCUCACUCAGAGGGUCUCACUGCCUGUCCACUGCUGCUGGUCUCUGAGAGCAUCUGUGAGGUGGAAAUCAUCGAGAAAACUCAUCCUGUCACGCUUGAACAUGAAAAAGACAAUGAAGUACCCAAUUAUAAAUCUGGAGACAAAACGACAAAGCAAUCUACCCUUUCAGCAGACUCCUCUGAACCUCUGUCUCUGGAGGCCUCCACCGCUGCUGCUACUCCAGAAACAUCGGGCCAGUCCUCAGUGACAUACUCGACCGUUCUCCUUUCCGAUCAGCCCAGUCUCCUUCGAAAGCAGCAGGAGAGUCUGAGCAGCUCCAGUGACGAAGGCAACUUCUCUGCCAACAACUCAGAUAUUUCUGGCUCCUUCCCUGGAGGACUCUGGGACCUGGAGAACCAUGUGUGCUCCGACAGCGCCAAUCCCCGCCAUUCCAGCUCCUAUAACUCCGUGGAAGAGUUUUCGGAAACAUCAGAUCAAGAUUAUGAAGCAUCAGAAAGCACAGGUGUAGCCAAAGACCUCUACUACCUUGAGGUGAACGAAGAGGAGGAAGAAGAUGAAGAGGAGAUUGAGGAAACACAGGGUGAACAGGAAAAGAAUGAAAAAGUUAUGAAGGUGGAUGCCAGGCCUCUUCUAGAAGGCAAAGGUUCCACAUCUUUUGAUUCCAAUAGCGCAUCUCACAGCAUUCCUCUUUAUCUUCCUCAGUUUCGGACUGAAUGCAUUAAUCCACCCUGAAAUAAUAACAACAGCACCACUUGGUGGUAAUCUGGGAUAAUGUUUUUCUUUAUUGGAUGGAGGUCCACAAAAUGCCUCUGUGGUUUUCCACUAGGGUUGCACAAUUUAAGAAUUAAAUUUUAAAUUUUAUUUUUAUUUUUAUUUUUUUCUGAAAACAGCCAAGGCUGCAUGAUCUUUGGAAAAAAAAAUCUAAUUGCAAUUUUAACCCCUUGUGAUUUAAAGUAUCACAAAUUAUUUUUAGCUCCAGGUUUUCUGUGCUUGUAGGGCUGCAGUAUUUGGCCAAAAAUGUGAUUAUGUAUCGAUAUGACUAUAUUAUAAUUAAUAUUAUUAACAUUUUUAUUAUUAUUAUUGAUUAAAUAUUACAGUAAAAUACAGAAUGGUUUAUUUUCAAAGAAAUACUAUCAUAAUUUAGUUUAAGGUCACAACUGUAAAAUUACAGUACUAACAUUUAUGGCUGUCUUAAUUUCUUUAAACAAUCAGCUGCAGAGAAAACUGCAGAUAGCCUUUAAAGCUUCUUAUUCAUUGACAACAGGAAGCUUCUCAUUACAAGUUUGUGAAGAUGGUUGAUGCAUGUUGCAUUUUUACACAGUGCACAUUAUCAGAUUGCAGAUAUAGGUUUAUGUGUAGUAACAUUUAUUUGGAACCAACAUGUUGAUAAAAGCCAUUUUACUAUUUAGUUUUUGGUUAAAUUAAUUGUGCAGCCCUGUGUUCACCUUCAACCUUCAUAAAAAAAAUUAUAUAUAUAUAUAUAUAUAUAUAUAUAUAUAUAUAUAUAUAUAUAUAUAUAUAUAUAUAUAUAUAUAUAUAUAUAAUUAACAGCCAGAUUUCCCUGGCCCAUUUGAUAAGGGCAUCCAAGCACAGUUUAAACUCUGAACGUCUCAGUGAUAGGUUGAUGAUCGGCCUGUCGUUGCUGAAACUCGCUGCUUUCCAUCUUCAUCGCAUGGAAACAUUCGAAGACUGAACUAAUAUCUUGUAACGAUCACACUAAUUGGAAAGAAGCAAGAAAGAGUCUGAGGAUGUGGUGGUGGUCAGUCACGGUUUAGUGGCUUUUUGUGCAUUUCAGGUGCUCCAUGAAGUCCAGGUUCUCAUAAGUGAAGCGGCUUUUGAAGAGGCGUCCAUCAAAAUAUCAGCUUUUUGACGAAAUAGCCUCUCAUGUCUGCAUUUACAUUGGGCUAAUUCAUUCAAUAUGAAUGUAUAUUUUGUCAGUGAGGUCUGUGUUCUUUGGAAACUCAAAUAUUUUGAGUGUACAAAAUGUCAUUUAUUUUCAGUGUAUGGUAUUUUUGAUGAAAUGAGGGUUGAAUGUAAUUCAGUGAAUAAAACUGGUUAUAUAUGUCAGACUAGCAGUAAGAAUGUGUGUACAGUAUACACGUAUUUCUUGUCUAUUUUUCUGGUCAAAAUAAACUAUUUAUUGCAGUUA